UCACUCUCUCAGUCACUUCUCUCUCACAUUCACAGCAUAAAACACAAGAUAAGAGAGACACUCCCUGUACAUCCUGGAUAUUGAAGUCAUCACCACCUCAACGCAGAGUCCAGUUCUUGUCCAUCCACACCUGUUACUGAUGACGAGGAUUAAUAAAAAGUUAUGGGCAGCCUUGAUGGUGACUGGUGUCUGGGCCACCCAAACACAAGCCCAUUUUGGCAGCUGUGAGGAUCAUUCACCAGAUUGUUUGCAGUGGGCCAGUAAUGCCUUAUGUGACACCGACCCUGGUUUCAUGUUACAGAACUGUCCAGUUAGCUGUAAUGCAUGUUUAGAUCCUGAUUGUGUAGACAAGAGAGCCAGUUGUAACUUGGGACUGGCUUCCGGGGCCUGUCAGACCCACCGAGACUUUAUGAUGGCCAAUUGCCGCCACACCUGUGGGGGUUGUAGGAUAGGGGACCCUCGACGUUCUACAGCACCCCAAGCACUACCUCUUGUUGAUCCUUCACGACCGCUCUCACGAAUACAAACCAUCGUCGAUCCUGACUUCGAGUGUGGACGAGGCUACCCAAGCACUACUACCACCACUAAACUCAAUUACGGAGGCAGUGACGUCAACCUUGACCCGACGAGGAUCAUCUUUCCAGACGAGGCAGAAAGACUUCGAGAAGAAGCCGCCCUUUCCCGGACAAUGAACAGGGACAAGUCGACGAUGAUGAUGUUGCCAGGGAGCACCCACAUGAUGACACCGGAGACCAAUGGUAAUUUUACAGUUAUGGACGCUUUAUGUGGCGCCACACCCAUCUCUGACCGUUUCCUCCUAACGGCCGCACACUGUGUCUUCGAUCCUGAUUUCCCGAUACAGACAGUCAGGCUCGGAGAACUAGACUUCAGCUCACAAAACGAGAAAAACUCUAGACCAGUCGACUACGACAUCAAGCAGAUUAUCGUUCAUCCCAACUUUGACCCAGAUUCCUUCAAUCGAUACAACGACAUAGCGCUGCUGGAGACAGUGGACAAGAUUAUCUUCAACGAACUGGUCUUCCCGUACUGUGUGUCAGACAAACGACCUACCCCGAACUCCACCGUUACCGGCUCUGGCUUCGGCCUUAUCAACCAGACGCACCAGUCAGCAGUGUUGCAGGAGGCUGAUCUUCGUAUCUUAGAUUCUGCAGAGUGUGAGAGCAUCUACAGGAGAGAACAUCAUGAGCCACAACUGCGUGUCGUGUACCCUGACUUACUACAAGGACGAGACAUUAUGUGUGCCAAUCACCCUGAGAGAAGUGCUUGUGAGGGUGACUCUGGCGGGCCGCUGUUCCUGGAUGAAGCUGAUGGUCGACGCUUCGUGGUGGGGAUAGUGAGUUCAGGUGUGGCAUGCCGGGGAGCGGGUGCCUCUAUCCUCCCUGGCUUCUUCAUCAGCGUCGCAGAUCACGUCAACUUUAUUAACAGCGUCCUUUAUGCAACUUAAGUAGACAAGUAGACACCUAACUUCAAACAUCUUUACCCACCCAAACCUAUCUUAACUUUACCAUAUCAACCAUAACUUAGUUUGCCCUCACGUACUGUAAGGUAAUGAAACUUAACCUAACCUAACCUAACCUAACUUAAUCUAACUCUCAGUCAUGUGGGUACUCUAAAAGGUUAUAUAUAUAUAUAUAUAUAUAUAUAUAUAUAUAUAUAUAUAUAUAUAUAUAUAUAUAUAUAUAUAUAUAUAUAUAUAUAUAUAUAUAUAUAUAUAUAUAUAUAUAUAUACUCUGUCCAUAUAACAUAUGGACUUCCUUGUGCAAGCAAUACGUCACUAGUCGGGAAUCGAACCCUGGACCUCUUCUUGUAAACAGGGAUCUCUACUAACGUGCCACAAGGACAACAAAAACAAUUCUAGGCUUUGUUGUAUUUCACACAAAACCCGUUCAGUCGUCUGUUUUAAGAAAUGUGAACCUCCAUUGAGGAUUGCCCGUGCCAACUAUGCAGUCCUAGCUGGAUUCUGUAAAUUGCCACUACAACCACAUAGUUGGCACGUUAGUAGAGAUCCCUGUUUACACGAAGAGGUCCAGGGUGCCUGACUAGUGGGGUAUUGUUUGUGUGUGUGUGUGUUGUCACAUAGUGAGACACCAUCUACCCUCCUGGGCAGAGGUUUCUCGACCACACUAUUCCUGAUCUUCAUCAAUAGCUGAUAAUAAGGAACAACUGCCAAGUGCUCCUUCUCGGGUACGAAGUGUUAGUGUUGUUAUGGAGAGCCGUAGAGAAUAUAUCUAGGAGUCAAAAGUAGUUUAUAUGACAUCUGGGCAUUUUAGUAUUAACAUAUAAACUGCAACUUUAUAAACACUGAUGAAGAUUAAUGAAUGUUAGAUAAUUCCAAUAUUUGUGUUAGUUCUUGCGAAGCUUUUUAUUCUCUGUAUCAAAAACCUUCUCAGUAACCGAAAAAAAAAUUCACCUGAA